AUGGCCCAGGAUGCGGGGAUAGUGAACACCGCUGCCAGAUUCCAUACCCCCAAAAUGGAGCCUCCUCUCUGGUGUGGGCCGGAGGACACCAAUGCCCGUAUUUCAUCCAAGGCCAUGGUUCUGCGCGUGGUGAUCCUUCAAUUCAGUUCAGAUAUGAGGGCAAACGAGGGGUUGAUUUGCUGGGCGCUCAGUUAA